AUGGGGAAGGCGGGCGACGCAGCCGGCUCCUCCGGUGGGGAGGAGGAGCCGUUGGACGUCAAGCCGCUAAGGUCCUUGUCGCCGAUGUUCCCGCCGUCGUUCGGCUACAGCCCUUCCGUCUCCCCUCCGAGAGCCCCUCCUUUCGUCUUCAUCUCCCCCUUCUCCCCCUCAGCCGCCGACCAGGCGGCGCCGCCAAGCUCCGACGGGUACCGGACCCCGCCGGUGAGGCGGAAGCCCAAGCGGAAGAAGAAGAAGAUCUCCAAGGACGAGCCGGCGGCUCUCCCCUCUUCCUUCUCCUCCCCGGAGGAGGACCCCGAGGCGGUGGAGGUGGUCCUUAUGACCUUCGACGCCCUCCGGCGGCGGAUCCUCCAGCUAGACGAGAUCAACAACGUGACCCGCCGCCCCGACAUGAAGGCCGGCGCCACCAUGGCGGACUACGACCUCCGCGCCAACAAGACCAAACGCGUUGGCCCCGUCCCGGGGGUCGCCGUCGGGGACAUCUUCUUCUUCCGCAUGGAGCUCCUCCUCGUGGGCCUCCACUCCCAGAGCAUGGCCGGCAUCGACUCCGCCGUGGCCCGCUUCGGCGGCGUCGCCGAGGCCGUCGCCGUCAGCGUCGUCUCCUCCGGCGCCGGUGGGUACGAGGACCAGACCGACGCCGUCGACUCUCUCGUCUACUGCGGGCAGGGCGGCGCAAACCUGGACCAGAAGCUCGAGCGGGGCAACCUCGCCCUGGAGCGGAGCUUCUGCCGGGGCACCGCCGUGCGGGUCAUCCGGGGCCUCAAGGACCCGACGAGCUCCUCCGCCUCCUCCUCCGGCACCGGCACCGGCAGCAGGAUCUACCUGUACGACGGGCUGUACAGGGUGAGCGAGUACUGGGCCGACCGAGGGAGGACCGGCUUCAACGUCUUGAAGUACAGGCUCCUCCGGCAGCCCGACCAACCCGCCGCCUACGCCACCUGGAAGGCUGCCGAGACCUGGAAGCGGAACCCGGCCGCCAGGCCCGCCGUCCGCCUGCCGGACCUCGCCGCCGGCGCGGAGCCCUUCCCCAUCUGCGUCGUCAACGAGGUCGAUGCCGAGGACCGCCCGGCGCCCUUCCUCUACGCCGCAGCAUUUUCCCCUCCGGCCCCGGCGGGCGGCGCCGCCGGCUGCGGGUGCGAGGGGGCCUGCGUGCCCGGCGACGGGGGCUGCGCCUGCGCGCGGCGGAACGGCGGGGAGCUGCCGUACAGCGGUGGCGGGGUGCUGGUGCAGCGGAGGGCCGUGGUGUAUGAGUGCGGGGGACUGUGCACCUGCUCGGUGAUCUGCCGGAACAGGGCGACCCAGAAGGGGGUGAAGCUCCGCUUCGAGGUCUUCCGGACGAGGGCCCGCGGCUGGGGGCUCCGCUCGUGGGACCCCGUCCGCUGCGGGGCCUUCGUCUGCGAGUUCGUCGGAGACCCCGUCGGCGAACUCUGCAAGGAGGAAGAGGAAGACGAUGAGUACAUGUUCGAGGGGAGGAGCUCCGAGGAGGGGAGGCGGAAGUGGAACUACGGCCCGGAGCUGCUGGGGGAGGCGGCGGAGGAGGAGGCGGUGGCGCCCCCGGUCGUGGUGGCGCUGACGGCGAGGCGGCGGGGGAAUGUGGCGAGAUUCAUGAACCACAGCUGCUCCCCGAACGUGUUCUGGCAGGCGGUGGGGCGCGGCGGCGGGGGCCCCCCGCAGGUCAUGUUCUUCGCCGCCCGGCAUAUCCCACCGAUGACGGAGCUCACCUACGACUAUGGCAUGGGCGGCCGCAAGCUUAAGAACUGCUCCUGCGGCUCCUCCAACUGCCGCGGCUUCUUCAACCAGGCCUGA